UCCGUUAGAGUGGAACCCGCUCGGAGACCCGGUAUCUCCUGUCCGUGCGCCGCGCGUCAUCCACAACCUCUCCAAGCUGCCGGGGUGGAAAUUCCGCUUCACACCGGUGUCACACAUAAUCCGACAUUCAUUCAGGCUUCUACACAGUCAGCCUGCUGGAGAUUAAGUUGCUUAUCUGUUGUAGAACUGCUACAUCUUCAUUUCCGUCUCUCCAUCACAAGAAAGGGAGCAAACGGAGCAAAAGCCCAAUAUUGUCUGUUUUUACGCACGGAUACCGGAGCCAGAAGCACGACCAGAAUCACGCGAUGUGUCUGCAACACGCUGAGGAAAUCCAACGCAUGCAACAGCUUCAUGGCAACGCGGCGAUGCGGUGGUGACGGCUCCGCUGCACGAGCCAACUUCAGGGGAGAGGGGAGAGCGCGUGCAACGCGUGAAACGUGAAGCCGGCUGUCGCAACUUCAUUACCGGCACCGACGACCUCCCUCCCAUCUCUCUCCGGUGUCCGAGUCCUCCCGCAGAACCUACCCAGAGAGCGAGUGUCCGUCCGGGGCGUGACUACCUCUGCGUCCCUCACCCGGUCUCCUCCGCGGUGCGCACCGGCUCCCAUCCAUCCAUCCAUCCUUCCAUCCCUCUCCAUCUCCAUCCCUCGCCUCUCUUUUCUCCGGUCGGGCUUCCAGCGCCGUAGAUAGAGGCUCUGCAGUCACGUGGGUCGGGGGAGAAGAGAGAGAAAGAGAGAGAGACAGAGAGGGAGAGAGAGAGCGUCCCUCCUCCUCCUCCUCCUCCUCCUCCUCCUCCUCCGCAGUUUGCAGUGUGUUAUGUCUCAGACUCGGAGGUAGAGAGUCAGAGCUGCUCGUCUGGCGGAUCUCAACCUCUGAAACAAACCCCCGGUGUCUUCUCUCAUCCGUCCCCGCGUCCCUCCUCACUUACCCGGGUUUGUUUCUCUCCGGAGCCCUGGAAGCUUCAAUUUCUUUCUUCUUCUACCCUUCUUCCUCCUCUCCACUCCGGCCAACAGUUUGGUCUUGGGAUUUGGUUUUUUAUUACUAUUCGGUGGUGAUUUCAGCACUGUUCCUCGCUGCUGCUGCUUCUGCUGCUGCUGCCACCGACGCCGCUGCCGCCGCUUUUACGCACCGACGCUUAUUUUGGAUUUGCUCAUCACUGGAGAAAAACACAAAAAUCAGCGAGGUGGAUCCGUGGAUGCGCCUUUUUGGCUCAAACUGGAGAUGGAAAUGCUGACAUUGUUAUUUCAUUCCCUGUGGAUAUUGCAAUGCAACACAGUGAGCGCCGACUCCAUCAUUCACAUUGGUGCAAUAUUUGAGGAGAACGCAGUGCGGGACGAUGAGGUGUUCCAGCUCGCCGUGUCUGACCUCAGUCUGAGUGAUGACGUCCUGCAGAGCGAGAAGAUCACACACUCUAUUAAACUCAUCGAGCCCAACAACCCGUUCCAGGCGGUGCAGGAAGCCUGCGAGCUGAUGAACCAGGGCAUAUUGGCGUUGGUCACCUCGACGGGUUGUGCAUCAGCCAGUGCGCUGCAGUCCCUGACAGACGCCAUGCACAUCCCUCACCUGUACAUCCAGAGGAACAGCGAGGGAUCGCCGCGGACCGCCUGCCAGUUAAACCCGAGCCCUGGUGGGCAGCGGUACACGCUAGCCGCCCGCCCACCUGUCCGCCUCAAUGACGUCAUGCUGACUCUGGUGGAGGAGCUGCGCUGGCAGAAGUUCAUUGUGUUCUACGACAUUGAGUACGAUAUUCGCGGCCUGCAGGGUUUUCUGGACCAGACUUCCCGUCAAGGCGUGGACGUGGCCUUGCAGAGAGUGGACAGGAACAUCAGUAAAGUCUUCACCAACCUCUUCACCACCAUGAGGACUGAGGAGCUCAACCGGUACAGAGACACCCUACGCAGAGCCAUCCUGCUGCUCAGCCCCCAUGGAGCGCACUCUUUCAUCCAGCAGGGUAAAAAAUAG